UUUUGCUUCACGUGAAUUUGUGUAAUCGCGCAUAGGUAAGUUGUAAACCCGUUCCCAGGUAGCUAUAUUACCAGAGAAUUUGUCAAAUGAAUUCGAAUACGCUUAAUCAGAAGUCAUUCAUACCAACACCACCGGAGAAGGGCAGUUUUCCACUUGAUCACGAAAGCAUUUGUAAAAAAUACUACCUCCUGUACAUGAAUUGUUUGCGCCGAAACAACGACAACAACUCGCAGUGUCGCCAAGAAGCUAAAGAAUACCUUGGUUGUCGCAUGCAAAACAAUUUGAUGGAGCAAACGCAGUGGUCCAAGCUGGGCUUUGAAGACGAGAGUAAAACAAAUACCAAGGAUAAUAACAAAAACAAAUUGCAAUAAAUCAAAUUAAAUUCCUAAAAUAUCAAAAUACGACUAAAAAAAAUUCAAAGCAACCAAAUAGAAGCUAUGAUGAGACCUCAAAAGAACAUACUAAUCGGUGUCACGGGAAGUGUGGCGACUAUCAAACUACCAUUGCUAAUUGAAAAAAUACAAGAAUACGAGAAAGACUACACCAUAAAU